AGACAAGAUUUAGGUGAGUGAUGGAUCAUAUUUUAUGGGAACCGAUUUUGAAAUGAAACCGUAAUGUACAUGUCCUUAUUUUGUGUUUUUCUCCAGAAUUCUCAACUUGACUCAUUGCAGAGAUGAUAAUGCUACAUAUUCCAGCUGGGUAGUUUCCAUAGUUUCCACAUCAUUCAGUAGUUUCCAGUGAAAAUGCUAAAGCAGCUGCAGUUUUUCCUUCUGUUGGGAACAUUAUUUAUCAUGUUCUUCAUAAUAGUUCACUGGGAUGACGUGAGAGAUGGGACUUUUUAUCUGCACGUGGCUCCGCAGUCUUCUCCAACACACCUCGAACUGCGUCAAGCACAUCGUAGACAUUUAAUAAGAGAACUAUGCUCAGCCAAUAGCAGCUUCAACUUCCCUGGAAAAUUUAAGACAUUUGACCAGAUUCCAAGCAAAGCCCUGGACCAUCUCAGUGUGGAUGAUCAUCAUGGUGUUAUUUACUGCUUUGUACCGAAGGUAGCCUGUACCAACUGGAAACGAGUCAUGAUUGUGCUCAGCCAGAGCCUGAAGGCACCUGAUGGAGCUCCGUAUCUGGAUCCUCUAGACAUACCAUCAGCGUUAUCCCACAAUGCUACUCUGCAUCUGAUAUUUAACAAGUUUUGGAGGCUGUUUGGUCGUUUCUCUCGUCCUUCAAUGCAUCACAAACUGAAGAAUUACACUAAGUUCCUUUUUGUACGGGAUCCUUUUGUACGACUUAUUUCUGCUUUCCGAAACAAGUUUGUUCUGCCUAAUGAGAAUUUUUACAGACAGUUUGGCUCUGUAAUGCUUCACCGUUAUGCUAAUAUUUCAAAGCCCCCUGACUCCGCUCAAGAAGCCUUCGCCGCAGGUAUCAGAUUGUCCUUUACUCACUUUAUUAAGUACCUGUUAGAUCCACAGACUGAGGAGGAGAAGCCAUUCAAUGAGCAUUGGCAGCAGAUGUACAGACUCUGCCAUCCGUGCCAAAUUGAGUAUGACUUUGUUGGGAAACUGGAAACACUUGAUGAGGAUACAGAACAUUUGUUGAAGAUUCUUGGGAUGGAAAAUCAGGUUCGCUUUCCCCAAGGGUACCGCAACAGGACAGCUGCAAACUGGGAACGAGACUGGUUUACAAACAUUUCAGUAGCUGACAGGAGAAAACUGUACGAUCUUUAUGAAGCAGACUUCAGAUUAUUUGGAUAUGACAAACCUGAGACACUUCUGGACGAGUGA